AUGUCUGCUACUGAUGCCAGCGCUGCUGCCGCCGAACAAUUUGAAUUGGUUACCUUCGAUUCCAACCUCGAGCGCGAAUCGCAGCUCAAGGAAGCCUACGGCGAAGGGCAAUUCGACCAAGUCUUGAAAUUCGAUGAAGAACUAUUGAAAGCAGAAUGGGAAGCUUACAAUCACAAGGUCAAACUACUCGAUCCUAUCUACAAGAGACGCAGUGAAUUUGUCAAGAAAAUUCCCGGCUUUUGGCUCCAAGUUUUGACAAACGAUCCUGCUUGCCACCACCACGUUGACGCGAUCGAUAGGGACGCAUUGUCUCAUUUAGAGGACUUGACAAUCGAUCAUGACCCCAACGAUGCGAGAAGUGUGACCUUCCACUUUCAUUUUGCCAAGGGAAACCCCUACUUCUCUGACCGGAUCUUGACCAAGAAAUUCGUCGUCGAUCUUGAGGACGAGCCUGUGGCUGUGAAUGGCUCUGGCGAGAAACCAAAUCCUUUACUUGCCGAGAUGAACAAGAAAUACGAUCUCGAUCGCCAGGUCAAGUCGACUCCAGUCCCGAUCCAAUGGGCAUCUGACGAACACAACUUGGUGGCCAAAAAGCCUUGCAUGACGCUUGAAGAGUUAGAAAACCAGCAAGGCGAGAUCGAAAUCGAGGAGGCGUCUGGCAGCUUUUUCAACUUCUUUUCUUACGAAGAAGAUCGGUAUCAAUUGCACACCCACCUCUUGGAACUUCAUUCCAAAGCAUUAGAUCUCUACGCAGGAGUCGUCGAAGCCGCCAACGAAACCUUCGGGUUUAGCGAUGAGGAUUCGGACGAGGAGGACGGGGAUCCCAACCAAGUCGUCGAUCUUGAGUCUGAGUCCAACGACGAACCCAAAAAGAAGAAAGCCAAGGUAUCAUCCGCCUGA